UAUGACUGCGGAGGUGGAGAUUAAUCCGUUUAGACCUGGUGGUGAACUUUCAAAGGAAGUGGAUGAUAUCUUGAAAAACUCUACAAUUUCGAGGGAUACGAUAAUUAUCAAUGAUCCAGCGUUGCGCCGCGCCAACGGAAAUGCGACAUCUGUUGACGGGAUUAUAUCCAAUAAUGUUCACACAAAAUGUGCUGAAUCACCUUUCAAAUCCCAAACGUCCAAUGGUCUCAGUGUUACCGAUCGUUCUCCACAUCCACCUGGUCUAGUAACGUGCGAGGUGGUAUCUCAACAUAUACAGCCACUUCAAAGUCCGACAUUUCAAUCUAGCCAAGUUGAACAUGUCAAUAUAAAGAGCAGUAGGAAACCUACUAAGUGUUGUGUACUUCAGUGAAGCUAAUAAACUUAAAUAAAAUCUAUCCCGUUGACAAUCUGAUGAAAUAAUUUGCCGAAAAUACGCCACUGUAUGCUAUUCACCACAGUCAUACUUCCACCUUCACAAGCUUAGUGUUUUAAUAGGUGUUUUCAGAUGACAUAGCAUGUCUAAUCUAUUUAAAAAUACGUAAAAUCAUAUGCGUACACAGUCUUCCCGUUUGAAUUUUUAUCUUUUUUUCCAACAACUUAAUAAAAACAAACUUUAAAUUGUCCGGUUUUCACAUAUUAC